GUUAACACCGAUCUUUCCCAGUAGUAUCUCGUGCUAAUCCAUUCGUGCGAAACGGUGACGGACGCCGCAAUCACGAUGGGAAGCGAAAAGGAAGAAGUGGGGAACCAGGCAGAAGACAUCACAAACAUUGCCCUACAAGAGAAGCGUCUCGACAACUGUACAGAGAACACGUACAUGAUGAAGCCCACCCCGAAUGACGAGGAGGAGGAGGAGGAGAGGGAGACGUGGUCCAGCAAGGUCGACUUUCUGCUGUCCGUCGUCGGCUUUGCGGUCGAUCUCGCCAACGUCUGGCGUUUUCCCUACCUGUGUUACAAAAACGGUGGAGGAGCUUUCCUGAUACCAUACGUAUUAAUGUUGGUAAUGGGUGGAAUACCAUUGUUUUAUAUGGAACUUGCUCUAGGACAGUUUAAUCGAGCAGGGGCAAUAACUGUGUGGGGACGAAUAUGUCCAUUAUUUAAAGGUAUAGGAUGGUGUGUUGUUUUGAUAGCGUUUUACACUGACUUUUUCUACAACGUCAUUAUAGCAUGGUGUUUACAUUUCUUCAUCUCAUCGUUCACGCUAGACCUUCCAUGGCUGCACUGUCGCAACGAGUGGAAUACCCCGCUCUGCUACGACGGCAGCACGCCCGACAAUGUGACGGCCAACUAUUCUAUGUGGAGUAACUCGACGGCGACGAUGAGCUCGGUGUUUGUGGAGUCGAGUACGGGCGAGGUAGAUUAUACUGUGGUUCCAUACGGAGCCAACUUUACCAACAUCACGAUGGGCUCCACGAAGAAACGGACUCCAGCCCAGGAGUACUUCGAGCGAGGUAUGCUUCAGCUUCACAAAAGCCAAGGACUGUUUUCUGUGGGCGAACUCAACUGGCAGCUCGUCCUGUGUUUACUCGGGGUCUACAUCAUCUGUUACUUCAGUAUGUGGAAGGGGAUCCACACGUCCGGGAAGGUUGUAUGGUUCACCGCCCUGUUCCCUUACGCAGUUCUCUUGAUACUCAUGGGCCGAGGGGCGACUCUCCCGGGCGCCGCGGAGGGCGUGCGGUACUACCUUACACCGAACUUCACUAGACUAGCCAGCUCUGAGGUGUGGGUGGACGCGGCCACGCAGGUAUUCUUCUCGCUCGGUCCGGGUUUCGGAGUCCUGUUGGCGUACGCCAGCUACAACCCCAUCACCAACAACGUCUACAGGGACGCACUCAUCACAAGCGCUAUCAACUGUCUGACGAGUUUCUUCUCUGGUUUCGUCAUCUUCAUGAUCCUCGGCUACAUGGCACACAAGUCCCACCAACCGAUCAGCGAGGUGGCCACAGAAGGUCCUGGUCUUGUAUUUGUCGUCUACCCAGAAGCCAUAGCGACACUUCCUGGUGCGACAUUUUGGGCGCUGAUAUUCUUCUUGAUGUUGCUGACUCUUGGACUCGACAGUUCGUUCGGCGGCUCGGAGGCCAUAUUAACAGCGGUGGGAGACGAGUUCCCUGUCUUGAAGAGACACCGAGAGUUAUUUGUAGGCGGACUGUUUACUUUAUACUUCAUAGUCGGCUUGGCUAGUUGUUCGCAGGGUGGUGCGUACGUGGUCACACUGAUGGAUCGGUUUGCAGCGGGGUACUCCAUCCUAUUCGCCGUGUUCUUCGAGACAUUGGCAGUUUCCUGGGCCUACGGAGUUGUGAAAUUCUCAGAAGACAUUGAAGUAAUGGUUGGACACAAGCCAGGGAGAUACUGGUGGAUAUGUUGGAAAUUCGUGGCGCCGGUCUUUUUAGUUUUCAUCAUGAUAUUCGGCCUGGUGAACUACAAGCCACUUCGAUAUGACGAAUACGUGUACCCGUGGUCGGCAUCGCUGAUUGGCUGGGGCAUAGCCUCGUCCUCGAUCCUCUGCAUACCGUUGUAUGCAAUCUACCAGAUCAUCCGCGCUAAGGGCAGUUUGACAGAUAGACUGCAUUACUUGUUAACACCCCAGAACAAACGGGAGAUGAAGAUACACAACGCCAUGAUGCUCAAAGCUAACGGCGGAAUCGCCGGAGUACCAGUUUGAAGGGGCGACAACUGCCCUGGAUUACCUCACUUUGUAAUCAGCCAAUUUCAUAGGGGGCGCAUCGGUUUGUGGUGGACCAUUGCCGUCAUGAAAGGAGCGAGUCGUAGCGAGGAAAAGGAAGUGACCUAGUACUUAGUCUAGUGUAGAUUCGUUUCACAACACGUCCACCGUGUGAAUACUGAAAAGUAGUUAUGCAAGGUUGUUGUUUGUUUUUUUAUUGGUUGAUUGAUUUUUUUUUUUAAUCUAAGCGUGUACACCACCGUAAUCUGUAUAAAUACAGUGUAUUUUUUAUGUGGUCAAGUGCCUUAGAAUACAUCCAUUCGGAACACCUUGGCUCGUUCAGAAGAUAUUUUGAUGAAUAAAAUUGUAGUAUCGAUAGUUAUUGUGGCAGAAACAUUGUUAAUUCCUUAAAAGGAUUUUAAUAUACGUAACAGAACACCAAGACUAUGAUAAACUGUUUUUGUUUUAUCAUUAACAUUAGCAGUGCUACAACUACCAAGCCAGUUGUCUCCCUUCUGCACCACGUCAAUGUUUCCAGUCAUAACCGCAUACGGUUUUUAAUUUAAGUAACAGAACAAUAAGGCUAAUAUGAUAAACUUUGAUUUACCAGUAACGUCAUCAGUCCUGCAACUACCAAGGGAGUCGCCUCCGUUCUUCACCACGUCAGUGAUUCCAGUCAUAACCGCAUAAGGUUUUAAUUUAAGUAACAAAACACUAAGUCUGUGAUAAACUUUGUUUUACCAGUAACGUCAGCAGUGCUACAACUACCAAGGGAGUUCUCUCCCUUCUCCAGCCGUCCUUCACCGCUUCAACAAUUCCAAUCAUAUUUAUUCAGCAGUUUGUGUUACUUUCUAUUACUAAUGUCAUCACGAGAAAACAAGAUACCUGUGCCCUUUGUACAAUACGCAGUUCAAAAAAAGUAAUACAAUUAAUAUUUAUGUAUUGCUUAUUCAUAGCAAUCAACAUGGGGCUUACUGUCAAUUAACCAACCAAGAAUGCUAACCAGACAUACUUGUUACAUUAUCCCAGUUAUAUUAUUUUAUACGAUUCAUACAUACACACAGGCUCGAGUCUCGGCAACGACAUGAGACAAUUAAUUAUCCCCUGUGCCAGUGUGUUAAUAUCUAUGUUAAUACUAGUCAACCUCGACAUACAUACAAUAUAUAGAUAUUCGUACAUCCAUACAUCCAUACAUCCAUCAAUCCAUCCAUCCAUCCAUACAUACAUACAUACAUACAUACAUACAUUUAUAUAUAUCGACCACAACCAACCAUGGACAUUCAUUUUAGUCGAACCCAUCACUGAAAAAAUCUGUCCAAUCAUGUUACUUCACACCAAGUUUUAUUAGAAUGAGCUAAGGCGUUCUCAGCCAGAGCACCCCUGUCCACAUGUAUAUAGUAAAUAAGUAGAGUAGUAGAUAGUUUUUUGAUCGGUGACCAACCCUGCGUUGAGCGACAGCAAUAAACGCAAACGUUCGUCAACAGUGUGAUUGAUUCCCGAUGUGGACAUAAACCAUGUUAGCGAACGUUUUCAGGCUCUGUCUGUCUAAACGCAAAAAUGUAGAUAUAAUUACUAUAUUGAACUAGGAGAUUGUUUAUACUAUGUUCGUAUGUCAAUGCAUAAAUAGCAAUUUGUUCAGUCACCAUCCAUGUUAAUUAUCCAUGUUAAUUAUCCAUGUUAAUUGUCGUAAUUUAUGCUGCCGUAUUUUAGACGUGUUUCUAUUACUUUGCAGAGUGAAAGGAUGUACAUUUCUGUAUCAAUUAUGUGAUUAUAUUAUGUAAUAUUUAAAACAUCCAUUGGAUUCUGUCCUAUAUGGAGAUUUGAUUCGCAAUGCAAUAAUGGUUUUAUAGUUUCCAUCCCAUAUUUUGAUGUAUUUCAGACUUUUGGGGUAUGACGUUAGUCUUGUACAAAAAUCACUAUUUGAAAUACGAUUUUGGUGUUGUUAAAUGGGUAUGACGACUUGCAUGUUUAAAUAUUAAUCGAUGUUGUACUAUAAUUACUUGUAAAAUAAAAAUGGCCACCGAAUGUACAUAACUAAUUUAAAAAAAGGUAUAACAAAAGGGUGACGUCGCAAUUAAUGGCCGAAUUUACCCCACAAAUUUCAACCACAAUACGUUUCCAACUAACAAUUAAUUCUGAAGACCUUUCUUUUGGUGAUGACUUCUGUUGUCUUUGAUUGUAGCUAAAAGUAACAUAAACAUCCGUUACCUUGUAAUAACAAUGUGAUCAUAAUCAUGUCCCUAAAGUAAUUACUUUUAAUGUUGAUUAAAACUUAGCAAUACCAUGUACUGCGGCAUAAAGUAUCUCCGAUUUUGUUAUUGUUAAUAUGGAUACUAGUACAGUGUAUUAUGAUUUUCAUCUAAAAUAUGUAACAUGAAUUUUUUUUAAUUUCUCUCUCUCUCUCUCUCUCUCUCUCUCUCUCUCUCUCUCUCUCUCUCUCUCUCUCUCUCUCUCUC